AUGAGAGGGAUGAGAUUAAAAGUUAACACACCCUCUUUCAAAACUCGUGGAUCACCAAGCAGUACAAGUGUAAAAGAAUCGAAGCCAUCAAAAGAUAGCAUAAAAGCUAAUAAUUCAUGUACUGAAGAACUUCAGCUGUCUUUCGUUGGCGGUGUUUUGGUCGACAAGUCCACUCCUCUUAAACCUUCGUUCAAAGAAGUUGCAAACGGAAUUUUUAAAGCAAAAGCCAAGACUGUGGAUUUCAAAAAUAAUAGCGGAAAGGUGCUGAAGAGGGUGAACAGACGGGUUAAGAAAGAAACCAAUGGAUUAAUACAAGAUAUCCUUCCUAAUGGAGUUGUUGAUGAACAUACAAAGGUUAUAUUAGUGAAUGCACUCUAUUUCAAAGGAUUAUGGAAGCACAAUCAAUUUGAGCCAUCACUUACAAAGAAAUCAAAGUUCUUUCUCCUUGAUGGCAAUAACUCGGUAGAAAUUCCCUUCAUGUCGAGUACUAAGAAUUAUCAAUAUAUUAGUUGUUUUGAUAACUUCAAAGUACUUCGACUCCCAUACCAAUCAAGAACGCAAGAAACUGAUUUUACGUUCAAACUGAGUAACCCAUAUGUUUAUAUGUAUAUAAUUUUGCCUGACCAACUAGAUGGACUAGGUGAACUAGAAGGACACUCCUCUCUACAAAAUAUUAUUCUAAUUACAGCACAUUCAAGAAGGACACCCCCCUUUGCAAAUCUAUCAUUAACCAUAGCAACAAUAUAUUACUAA